GAGGAGCAAUAGGUGAAGCUUCAGGACUACCAAAACCAUGGACCAAAGCUUUAAUAUAUUUUACGCUUGUUCAGCGUUCUCACGUGGUUUAAAUGUAAAUGAGAAAACAACGCCACGUCAACGUUUUGUGCAAACCACGACUCCACCACGUUUAUAUAGGUGUUCUGUGACUCCACCACCUACUGGUGCAAAACGAGCACAUCAAAAUGUGCAAUGACCACUUCCUUAUCAUCAUCAAAGGAUGCGGCGCGGUCAAUCCAGUCCAAUCCAAGUGCUGUGCUGUGACUAGCUGUGACCUCUCCCCACUUGCGGAGGUGAGACCCGUGUUUGCAAGUGGUGUUCAAGCAGCCCUCUUCGGGGCAGCUGAAAAAAAGAAAAAAAGAAGAACAAGCUGCUUCGUUCGUGUGGCAUGACCAGCGGCGCACCGUCAUGGUGGUGGCCGCAUUCCCGAUCGCUAAGCUGGCCGCUCUGGCCUUCCGGCAGCUGAGCAAGCCACUGGCCAACCGAAUCAAGCAGGGGGCGAAGAGCAGCCCCUUUUUCCGUACCUACGUGUGCAUGCCGCCGGCGCAGCUGUACCACUGGGUCGAGGUAAACGUUAAGAUGCGCAUUCUGAACCUGGGCAAGCCCUCCGAAGUGCCCCCGCUCAACGAAGCGAUGGCCAUCGAGCUGGGCGCCGAGCUACUCGGCGAGAUGAUCAUCUUCGCCUCGGCCGCCGCCACGCUGGUUGCCGAGUACCUGCGCCAGGCGCGCAACGAGCGGCUGCGCGAGAACGCCAAGGAGGAGAAGCAGCUCUGCCUCGAAUGCGAAGUCAAGGAACUGCAGCUGCGCGUCGAGCAGCAGGAGGCGCAGAUCAAGCACCUGACCAGGCUGGCCGGCACAUUUGUCGUUGCACCACCGCCGAAACCACCGCCGCCACCCCCGUCAUCGCCACCCCCGUCAUCGCCACCUGGAGAUGCCGCUGUGGUCAGCGGCGCCAAAUCGAAACCUGCGCCGGUUGGAAGCUCCGAUACGAAGGCUACCGCGCCAGGCAAAACCGAACCCGCCAAGGCGACUUCGGCGAACAGCGUCGAACCCACAACAGUCGUAGGUCGCGCCUUGAACGAUGCCACGGCGAGCGUUCUAGGAAAGACGUUGUCGUAGCCCCCGCCACGACGCAGACGACGCGCGGUUCUAGUGUUCGAAGACCCUAACCGCGGGACAUUUCACGUAUCCAGCGUGGAGCAACUCGAGAAAGUUCGUGCAGUCUCAAAACAAGCCUUUCUGACGGUAUAAGUCUGUUGCCGUUAAGAAUGGUGUUCAGCGCAUAUUUUAAGCUGCCCCGCAAGGAGCAGGUUUUUCACGCUACUGUGUUGGAAUUGAAAUAUCCACGGUGAUUCGAUUACUUUCCGGUUUCUCUAGCUAGCAACGACAGCAGUCGGAGCAGCACGCCCAAGUGGCAAAGCGUGCACCUUCUAUCGUAGACGUGUCUUUCAUUUACAGCCAAACACACAGAUGGACACGUAGCUGAGGAGACUGAGCAAGCACAAUUUAUUUUGCCAGUUCUGGUUAAGCAGUGAUAGUCACAUGCCUGGUGUACAGCAUAGAAAGUGCAAGCUUGGCUUUCUUCUUGUAAGCGGGCUUUGCAGUAUGUUAUAGAUAUUGCGGAAUAAAAGACUUUGAUGGUGUAAAGAAGACAUGCAUAUUCUACUCCCAUAAGAAGCUUAAAUUAAUUUACCUCUUUCUUAUAUCUUUGACACAUUAUAAUCAACUCGUAGCACUAUGUAACAUGAUGAUACUUGUAUGCAUUACAAUGCACUUAUUACUAAACAGCUACAUUUUUAUUGCACAGGUGAUAAAUUGCUUUUCCUAAGCAGUAAUGUUAGUGGAACGUUAUUUGCUAUAAAUUCUCACUUAUUACAUAAUUCAGAAGCAAGUAAAAAGCACUACAGCUUCACAAACUUAUUCGCCAACACUGUCAAUGUAUUGUUUCUCUCCUGAUCGAACAUUCAUGUAAAUGGCAGCGAAACCUGUAUAACCACACCCAAGCAUAAGGAGAACAUGGUGCUGGGCUAGUUAUUGCCUGGUUCAUGCGUGACAGUAGAUACCUAGUCCCUUGGAUGAGACAGACCACUGCAAAAGGAAUGCACACAAACACAUAUUUGCGUGUAUUCCUUUUGUGGAUGUCUGUCUCGUGCAGGAACCUCACAUCCAAACAUGUUGACCUAAGCACAUACCAUUAAAAAAUAUUCACAUGGGCAAUACAGAGAGCGGUCAAAAGCUAGUGAAUACCAUUAUACCAUGACAAUGUAGUGAAAUAUUAAGCACAGUCCCAGUGCACACAUUGCAAGCAUCUCCUGCGCUAUUGUAAAAGUAAAUAUAUAUAAAUUCAAGGAAAUGUUCUGUACGUCCCGUGCAUAGGUAGUUGAAGAAACGAAGACGCACACUUACGAAAAUUGCAUUUUUAAUGUUGUAAUGUUUUGGCCGGCCUUCGUCAGAAUAAACCGGAAAUAUGUAUAUAUAUAUAUAUAUAUUGAAAACUUUCAAGAGCAACAGUUUGGUGAAGUUCCAGUGAUAACAACAAAUAAUAUGAAAAAAUUCAUACUGGCAUGUUCAAGUUUCUAACAUUGUUGAAAGGACAGAUUACAUUUAUUGUAGUCUAUCGGUUGCUUUCAUGAGACCAACACUGAUGGCUUAAAUCGAUCGGAUUUAUGAACAAGGUAGUUAAAAUUGGUCACAUACUUUUUCCAUGGGAUUCACAACAUGAGGGUCCAUGCAUGUCCUUGCUGCACAAUUGGCAGUAUUUGAAAGCUCAAGUACAUUUUGUGGAUGUGCUUGGUGUUUCAAUGGAACUGAACUAAUUUAUAUUAAAAAAAAAAUGGGUGGA